CCUGCACUUUGGUACAUUCCCCCCCUCUGAUCCCUCUCUUAAGGCCUAAACAGCAGCUGUGAAGAUUAGAGAGUAGAAGAGAUACUGACAUACUCACUUACUGCAGCGCAGCCAGCCAGGAAAGGUCUGGUACAGAGCAGAGAGAGACUCUUACCAGAAGUGAGUGGUUCUUCAUUCAAGUAGUGGAGACCGGACACCAAGAAACUUUCAGUUGGACCCCAAAUGACCUCUUUGUUGGUGAGAUCUCUAGAAACCUCAAAGUGGAUUUGUUGGUUUCCUACUGGGAUCCAAACUUAGUCAAAGUCAAGUCAUAAAGUCGUCCAGAGGUUCUACUUUUAAGUGGACUAAUCGCGCCUUGGCCAUGAGUUGUUUCGGGUACCGUAGAGAGUUGAGUAAGUAUGAAGACAUUGACGAGGAUGAGCUUUUGGCUUCCCUCAGUCCAGAGGAACUGGCUGAGUUGGAGAAGGAGUUGGUUGAUAUUGACCCGGACGCCAAUGUGCCCAUUGGACUCAGACAGAUGGACCAGACUGACAAGACGCCGACGGGAACCUUCAGCAGGGAGGCCCUCAUGAAGUACUGGGAAAACGAGACCCGCAAGCUACUUGAAGAUGAGAUGAGUGGGCAAAGCCACAAACCAAAUGAUGAUCAAGACUAUGAGGGUGCUACAGAGAGAAUUAGUGAAGCCGAGGAUGAAAAAGAGGAGGAGCGUGAACCAGAAAUGGAGGAAGCUGAUGAAGAAGAGGAAGAUGAUGUGGAAGAGGAAGAGAGUGAAGAAGAGGAGGAAGCCAUGACAGAAGAGGAAGAGGAAGAGGAGGAGGUCGAAGAUGAUGAUAAAGGAAAACCGGAACCCUCUGAGCAAUCUGGAUGGUCCAUGCUACAGGUCGACACUCAAACCCUAUUAAAACCUCAGAGGGCAGAGCCAAUGAGGUUGACUCCUCCUCCUCCUCCGCCCCCUCCUCUGCCAAACACCAACACAACCGGCAACCCCACGGUUGUCAAUGACGCUCUUGAAAGAGUCCUGAACAACGACCCAGAACUCACAGAGGUCAAUCUCAACAACAUUGAUGAUGCCUCACAGGACACACUCAUCCGAUUUGCUGAGGCGUUGCGGUCCAACACACAUGUGCGCGUCUUCAGCCUUGCGAACACCCGAGCUGACGACCCCGUGGCCUUGGCCAUCGCUAAGAUGCUGAAGAUGAACUCAUCCAUCACCAGCUUGAAUAUUGAGUCCAAUUAUGUCACCGGGAAAGGCGUGCUGGCGCUGGUUCAGGCCCUUCCUGGAAACAAUACCCUCACUGAGCUUCGAUUCCACAACCAGAGACACAUGUGUGGAGGACAAGUAGAGAUGGAGAUGGUGAAAAUUCUGAGAGAAAACUACACCUUGAUUAAACUAGGGUACCAGUUCAACCUUCCUGGUCCUAGGAUGAGUAUGACCGGGAUCUUGACAAGGAACCAGGACCGCCAGAGACAGAAACGGCUGCAGGAGCAAAGGCAACAGCAACAAGGAACAUCAGAAGGAGCUACAAGCCUAAGAACCACUGUGUUGAAGGGAACACCUGGGUCAUCACCUUACAACUCUCCAUGGUCCUCCCCUAAACUCCCCCGGAGAGACUCGAGCAAAAAACAAACACCUCCUGUGCCCCCCUCUCCUCCUCCACCACCACCACCACCGCCUCCUCCUCCUCCACCACCGCUGCCUUCAACUCUGCAGGAGAAGAAGCCCACAAGAAUGAUUGCCCAGGUGAUCAAGGCACAUGAGGCAGGGAGCAAGAAGGCAACAAAGACGAAGGGGAAGAAAGGCAAAAAGGGGGGGGAGAAGGAGGUGGCCAAAUAUGAAACAAGUAGCAUCCUGAAGGAGCUCAAGAAUGCGCUGAGGCCAGUGGCAGUAGAGAAGAAAGGGGAGGAGUCCAGCAGGCCCUCAACACCAAUGAGAUCAGCCCACGACCAGCUAAUGGAGUCGAUCCGCAACAGCAGCAUCCGUAACCUAAAACAGGUGGAACUCCCGUAUCAUCUUCGAUAAUCUUUUUUGCAGUGGAGGACUGUGGACGACGGCUUGACCAACAGUGAAGGAAGCACGACGUCACAUCAUUCAUUUCAGUUUUAUUUAUAAACCCAAAAUGACAUAGCAACUCAUUGGACUUCACUGUCCACAACAAACAACACUCUCCAUCCUUGGCAGUCAACAAGACCAUUAACUCUGGAAAUGAUCAACAUAACUGACAAGAAAAAUAGACAACAUAUACUGGAAAAUUGCACUUCAGUGUUAUCGUUACAUUUUAAUGAUCUUUAAGUCUCUACUGGAUUAAUGCAUAUGUGAAAAUAUUACUGAUUUGUUUACUUAAGUUUUGUAAGCCAUUGUUUUCUUAUAAAAUUGUAAAUAUCUUAUGUUAGUGAUUGAAUGAUUUGCUCAUUUUUUGAAGUAUAUCAAUUUGGUGUUUAUAGUACUGCUUCUUUCACUUCUUCAUUUAGAAUUUCCUGUGAAACAAAUGGAUCAAGAAAUGUCAAGUGAUACAAAAGCAGUAAAGUCACCCCAGUUAGUGUAUGAUAUAUAUAUAUAUAUAUGUGUGUGUGUGUGUAUAUAUACAUAUGCUAAAAUUGUAAAUAAUUGCACUGUUAGCAUGUCAGGAUUUUGUCAUUGUUGCGUUUGUUAGCAUUUUAUGCUAGUUUGAGUGGCGAUAGUGUGUGAACCAUUACCGUUCGCCAAAUGCUUAUACCCCGCGUUUUGAGUGAAUGAUGGGCACCUGUUUCUUGUGUGUGGGUGAAUAAAGCGUGUUAUUCCUGGGGUGCUGAGGUGUGCAAACCACAAGAGUCACCAUUCGAAAAAUUCAAUUUGUGUGCGGUGUCUAUUAUUGUGGUGAGCAUUGUUACAAACAAAACAAAUUCAAUGUAAAACUAAAUCAACAUAAAGCUAACAAAAUGUAAAGCUAACAGAACACAAAGCUAGCUGAAAAAAAAACAACAACCAUUUAAACAUAAAACUAAAUGAACAUGAAGCUAACAAAAUGUAAGGCUAACAGAACACAAUGAAAAACUGAACAAACACUUAAACAUAAAAUUAAAUUAACAUGAAGCUAACAAAAUGUAAAGCUUAAUGUACAGUUGUACAUAAACUAAAUGAACAUAAAGCUAACAAUAUGCAACACUAACUGAAUUAAAGGUAAUGGUGCAUAAAAAUAAACAAGAAACUAAACAUGAAGCUAACAAAAUGUAAAGCUAACUGAACAUAAAAUUAAAUAUGCAACUAAAAAAGCUAACAAAAUGUAAAGCUAACUGUACAUGAAGCUUAAAGUUGAACAUAAAGUUAUCUGAAUAUAAUCCUAAAUGUAAAUUUACGCUAACUAAAUAUAAAGCUGAACCUAAUGUUAAUUGAAUAACUGUCUAACUAGAGUCUGGGGCGACAUAAUGGCCAAGAUUGGGACGCUUGGUUAAGACACAGACAGUAAGAAAGAGAAAAGUAAAGUGAAGAUGUGGAAAAAGGGAGAAGGAUAGAGAAGAGCUGGAUGAUGAAAGAGUGUGAGAGAGGGGAUGACAGAGCAAAAGAGACAGGGAGUGUGAGCAAUAUGAGCUAUUAGUAUCUCCCAUUCUAAUCUUGGGCCUGGAUUUGUUUAUGCAUGCUGGACUAGUUCCCGAACUCCUAAAUCAACAGUGCAGCUGUUCAGAAACAACACAUCCAGAGGCUCAAAGGGCCAACAACCUUAUAACGCACACACAAUGUAAUGCCAGAAUUAAAAAAACAUAAAACAAAAAACAACCAAACAAAAAGACCAAUCUGGACUCUUUUGGCAUUUACACAAACUAGGUAAGAAGAGUACCCUUGGGCAUGAAGGCUACAGCAAUGUGACACUUAACUCCAGUGACCUUGAUCUUCGCCUAAAUGACUGACCUAUGGCUGGCCUUGGCAGAGCAAUUCCGGAAUCCUCCUAGGUGUGUACCAUAUUUGGUCUAAAUCAGGUUGAAAAUCAAAUUUCUUCACUUUCACAAUUGCCAAAAUUAUUUUUUGAAGACAUUUUUGGGGUUAGACCUCGUUGACAUACAAAGUUUGGCAGAAAUCAACAAAAGGAUCUGGAAGGAGUAAGUCAACACAUGGCUAGACCAUGACCCCAGUGGUUGGCCUUUGACCAAUUUGACAUUUCUGGACAAUUCUAGAACUUAGCUCCAUACAGUACUGUUCAGAAUAAUAGUAGUGCUAUGUGACUAAAAAGAUUAAUCCAGGUUUUGAGUAUAUUUCUUAUUGUUACAU